CUGGGUCUAAUAUGCCCGGAGCCGAGGCGCGAUGAAGGAGAAGUCCAAGAAUGCGGCCAAGACCAGGAGGGAGAAGGAAAAUGGCGAGUUUUAUGAGCUGGCCAAGCUGCUCCCGCUGCCGUCGGCCAUCACCUCGCAGCUGGACAAGGCGUCUAUCAUCCGACUCACCACCAGCUACCUGAAGAUGCGGGCCGUCUUCCCCGAAGGUUUAGGAGAUGCAUGGGGACAGCCGAGCCGCGCCGGGCCCCUAGACAGCGUCGCCAAGGAGCUGGGAUCACACUUGCUUCAGACUUUGGACGGAUUUGUUUUCGUGGUAGCAUCUGAUGGCAAAAUCAUGUAUAUAUCGGAAACAGCUUCUGUACAUUUAGGCUUGUCACAGGUGGAGCUCACAGGCAACAGUAUUUACGAGUACAUCCAUCCUUCCGACCACGACGAGAUGACAGCUGUCCUCGCGGCCCACCAGCCCCUCCACCAUCACCUGCUACAAGAGUACGAGAUAGAGAGGUCCUUCUUUCUGCGAAUGAAGUGUGUGUUGGCGAAAAGAAACGCGGGCCUGACUUGCAGCGGAUACAAGGUCAUCCACUGCAGCGGCUACCUGAAGAUCAGGCAGUAUAUGCUGGACGUGUCCCUGUACGACUCGUGCUACCAGAUCGUGGGGCUGGUGGCCGUGGGCCAGUCACUGCCACCCAGUGCCAUCACAGAGAUCAAGCUGCACAGUAACAUGUUCAUGUUCAGGGCCAGCCUUGACCUGAAGCUGAUCUUCCUGGAUUCCAGGGUGACCGAGCUGACUGGGUAUGAGCCGCAGGACCUGAUCGAGAAGACCCUCUACCAUCACGUGCACGGCUGUGACGUGUUCCACCUCCGCUACGCGCACCACCUCUUGCUGGUGAAGGGCCAGGUCACCACCAAGUACUAUCGGCUGCUGUCCAAGCUGGGCGGCUGGGUGUGGGUGCAGAGUUACGCCACCGUCGUGCACAACAGCCGCUCGUCCCGGCCGCACUGCAUCGUGAGUGUCAAUUAUGUCCUCACGGAUAUCGAAUACAAGGAACUGCAGCUGUCCCUGGACCAGGUGUCCACAUCCAAGUCCCAGGACUCCUGGAGGACCGCCUUGUCUACCUCACAAGAAACUAGGAAAUUAGCGAAACCCAAAAAUACAAAGAUGAAGACGAAGCUGAGAACAAACCCGUACCCGCCACAGCAAUACAGCUCGUUCCAAAUGGACAAACUGGAAUGCGGCCAGCUGGGAAACUGGAGAGCCAGCCCCCCAGCGAACGCCCCGGCGCCCCCAGAACAGCAGCUCCAUUCAGAAAGCAGCGACCUUUUGUACGCCCCGUCCUACAGCCUACCUUUCUCCUACCAUUACGGACACUUCCCUCUGGACUCUCACGUCUUCAGCAGCAAAAAGCCAAUGUUGCCGGCCAAGUUCGGGCAGCCCCGAGGAUCCCCGUGCGAGGUGGCACGCUUUUUCCUGAGCACACUGCCAGCCGGUGGCGAAUGCCAGUGGCAUUAUGCCAACCCCCUCGUGCCUAGCGGCCAGUCUCCAGCUAAAAACCUUUCUGAGCCGCCGGUGAACACUGCUCGGCACAGCCUCGUGCCAAACUACGAAGCGCCCGCCGCCGCCGCGCGCAGGUUCGGCGAGGACACCGCGCCGCCACCGCCGCCGCCGCCGAGCUUCCCGAGCUGCGGCCACUACCGCGAGGAGCCCGCGCUGGGCCCGGCCAAGGCCGCCCGCCAGGCAGCCAGGGACGGGGCGCGGCUGGCGCUGGCCCGCGCGGCGCCCGAGUGCUGCGCGCCGCCGGCCCCGGAGCCCCCGGGCGCGCCUGCGCAGCUGCCCUUCGUGCUGCUCAACUACCACCGCGUGCUGGCCCGGCGCGGGCCGCUGGGGGGCGCUGCGCCCGGCGCGCCCGCCCUCGCCUGCGGCCCCGGCGGCCCCGAGGCGGCGGCCGGCGCGCUGCGGCCCCGGCUCCCGGGCCCCGCCGCCGCCUCGCCGCCCGGCGCGCCGCUGCCGCACUACCUGGGCGCUUCGGUCAUCAUCACCAACGGCAGGUGACCUCGCGCAGGGCUGCCCGCAGGGAGAAGCCAUAGGCCGGGCCCCGGGCUCCUGUUGUCCAGAGUGCAGCCGAGUUACGAGGGGCGGGCUGUAUAUGCACGGUUUAAAUUAAUUUAUACAGAGACGACUAUUUUAAUAGAACUCCGCGGCCGGCUUCUAGAUUUUUACGCAGAUCCCGCAAACGCCGGUGCAGAGGACUGCGGCGCGCCCGCGGCGGGGGAGAAAGGCCCGCCAGACCUUUGUUCUCCAAGAGCCCGGUCCCGAAGGGGGCAGAGCUGAGCGUCCCCCGCGCGACCUCCACCUGCCCCGUCUCCGGGGGCGGACUUGGUUUCCUCGCCUCGCCACCAGGCCCGCGCGCCUCGCCUCGUCCCCGAUGCGCAGCAGCAAUCCCACUGGGGACUGAAGGAGCUUCCGCUCCGGGGGAGCCUCCGCCGUAAAGACGAAAGCCCAACCCGAUCCAGUCAGAUACGCCAGGCGGUGGCCCACCCGGAGGAGGAGGCUCCAGAAUUCAGAGCGCUCUUAGAUUCUUAAGGCAGGAUGUGAUGAUUUAAGCCCCAGGAAUCGACAACUCUCAUGUCUUUAAAAGUCAUUCAUGAGCCUCAUGAAAAGUUGUUUUAAUUUAAGCCUUUUUUUUUUUUUUCGGUACAAAAAUCAGCAAGCCAAGACCAAGGGAGUGAAUGAGCAUGGGUGUGCUUUUACUUCCUCCUAACCUCUGUGAACUCUUGAUACCGAGAAUAGCACCUUCAGAGUAUAUUGAAUAGGCAUUAAAUGCAAAAAAUUAUAUAUAGCCAGAUAUUUUCUGAGAAUGACAUGUGGAUGAUUUAGGUGCCCAAGGCGACUGGCUACCCCUGUCAGGUUUGAUUACAAGGCGAAAUCCCUCUGGUCCACCCAGACCUGUAUUUCCCUAGGCUCGUGUUUGCUACAAGUAGUGCUAAUAAAGUUAGUUAAAUUGCAUGUGCAAUAUGGAAAAUUGUCAAUGGACUGCGCCUUGUGGAAGAAAAGUCGCUAAAGGGAUCUGAUAAAAAUGGUGCAUACAUUUUCUUUAGCAUUUCCUGCCUUUUCUGCAUAGCAAGAAAACUCCAUGAACAUGUCCUGUAUGUAGGAGGUAAACAGAAAUCCUUUUAUAAAGCACCAGCAGUGUUUUUAAAAAUAAACUUACAUUCAUUUUUGUCUUUUAUGUUUCUGCUUCAAGACUUCACCAUUUAAAAAUCCUACCAUGGCUCUGAAGUGGUUCGAUGCAUGGAACCACCGUCUUCUAAUUUGCUUCACCCGAUAAACACUCCAUCAUUUCGCUGUGUCAGAAACGGUUUUCUUCUAGGAAACUCUGCGCCUGAGCGGAAAGAUGUUUCACAGAAGUCUUUAAGGCAUCGUUCUAGAAUCAAAGGGCACCUGUAACCAACUGUUCUCAAAAUGUGAAAUGAUCGUCUGCCGACCUGGUGUCACACUGAGUGAGGGUCUGCCUCCUUUCUGAGCAGGGUGUCAGUUGCCUCGUGGUGGGGGAGGGGGGGUGAAAUUUUCAAAUUUUGGAACACGUGUGGUGUGGCAAAGGGAAUGAGUCAAAAGAAGCGAACGCCUACACCCCUGUCCUGCGCUUAGCUAUACCUCAUCAGCAGGUCUUUGUGCAUACAGAAAAUAAGCCACGGGGUAAUUAUUUUUUUAUGCUCACAACCGUCCUAAUUAAACCAUGAUUCCUGGAAGGAGCGGUUUUGAGGAGCGGGAGCGAUCACCCGACGUUUCUCAAUAAAGUACCGCAAAAUGCAUUUGUGUCUAACUUGUUGCGAACCAUCGGGGGCCGCGUUUAUGAGUAAAUACAGAUCAUGAAGGCUUUCGAGCAGCUUAAGAUCAAAGGUUGCGGUGAAAAAGAUAAGACCGUUAUAGAUUCACAAAUGAUAACGUAAACAGGCUUAACAAUGAGUGCGUGUGUGCUUGAAAAAUAAAAUGGGUACUAGGGAGAACGCCCUUGUCUACACAAACAUCACGGUUUUCAUAGCCUAGAACGUGAAGGAAGAUUCCUACGCAAGCCGGCUUUCAGGCGGCCAGCAGUUCAGUUUAAAGUGAACGGGAGUUACUAUGGCAACCUAAUAUUGUUAGCCCAUCUUUAAGAGUCUGCACAUUUAAGCUGGGGGUAUCGUUUCUUGACUUCGAUGAGGCUCCGGCAGGGGAAGAGGAAGCAUUUUAAUAAAUACGACUCUCUUUCACAAAAAAAAGAAAACAAAAAUUGUAGUGGGUUCCUAACACGUUGACGAAAAAUGCCAGAUCACACGGAUUUGAGAAAGAAACCCAGUUUAAGACUGGCUGGGCCCUCCAAGGGGCCUCCCAGGGAAAGGAAUUCCUUUAUGUUCAUGGAAGCCCUUUCUAGAAAAGCCAUUCCAUUCAUACCUUUGUAGAGAAGGGAACGGGCUGCUUCAGGAGAUCUGCAAGAGCGGUAUUUUCCACCCCCUGGCCCCCCACCCCUUUGUCCUUUUUAAACAGUCCUAGGGCCAACCAAGCCUUUCCCCUUGGACCCUAAGGGUGGGAGAGGUUUACACGGUCAAUGAAUCCCGGACAAAGUCUACCCGAAGUUGUAAUUUAUUGUAACUGUAAGACAGUUAAGGUAGACUGUGGGGGCUGCUGCGAUAAAAUGACAUAAAAAGGUUUUCAAACAAAUGCCAGAAAAUUACAGUCGUUUAAAAUCGUAGUGCAUCGCAACUCUUGGGCUAUGGAAGAUGCAUUUAUUCAAGCUGUUCCUAAACUUAAGUAUGACAUAUAAAGUUGAAAUCUUGGGGAAAAGCCUCAAAACAAAAGUCAAGCAGUUCUUACAAAAGAACAAUUCUCCAAGAACAAAAUUUGUUCUUCUAUUAAAUUUGUUUUUCAGUUAAAAAAUUUAUAUUAAAUUUCUUUCUCACCUGAGCUAAGAGGUUUUUGUUUUGUUUUGUUUUUGUUUUACUUUGGGUUUCAUUCUUUGGAGUAAUAUUUCUCUUUUGUAUGACACAUUUGUCAAAAAUAAA